AUGCCACGGGCCUUCAACAGCAUUGAAGUCAUCCACGGAGAUGGUGGGGUUGGAAGCAUAAAGAAGAUCAGCUUUGCUGAUGAGAAGAUCUCCUAUGAGAUACGGCUGGGGCCCUCCCCGGAUGGACGUGCCAUUUCCAAGACUACUAGCAAGUACUACCCCUUGGAUGGCGUUGAUAUCAAUGAAGAGGAGAUCAAGAUUGGCCAGGAAAGAUCUGGAGCAAUGCUCAAGGUCUUGGAAGACCACCUCAUCCAAAAUGCAGAAUCCUAUGUGUAA